AUGGAUACGGGCGGAUGGAGAGAAGAAAGUUACGAUGAGGGAACGGCCGGUGGCUGGGGCGAGGCAUCGUUCGUGGAUGGUGACGAAGGCCGAAUCAGUGGAGAGCGUUCGGAGAAGUUCCCAUUUCCGACUUCGGUGAAAGAUCUCAGUCGUUUGCCGAGCAAUGCCGAGAAAAUCACCGUUGGAAAAUUCUCGUUCACCAUGUUACGGACUGUUGGGCAGCUGAAAGCGGUUGUGCAGGCAGAUCGAGGGCAAACUGUGGAAUAUACACUGGCCGAUUUCCACGAUCCGGAUGUUGAAUUCCUCGUCAUUCAUUAUAAAGGCGUGGUGGCAAACGGUUUUGCAAAUUCGGAAGUUUUCAGCGAAGGAGUUGAUCUGUCCGUGGUUGGAAAAUUGCGAAGUUUCAGUGAUCGGCUGUGUAUUGUUGCUUUUGAUGUACGAGAGGUUAUCGACAAAAGUGAAAUCGAUGCGUUUCUUUUGGAAGUGCGCCUGGCGCAUCUUUAUUACGAAAAGGUACGAGAGGUCAUUGACAAAAGUGAAAUCGAUGCGUUUCUUUUGGAAGUGCGCCUGGCACACCUUUAUUAUGAAAAAGAUGUGCCGAGUUUAGCACUGAGGGGGCAGUGGAAUCUUUUUGAAGGCACAAUGUUGCAAGGAGGCGCAGAAGGCGAUGCGGAAACCAACGUAUGGAAAAAAACCGGGCCGGCGAUCCCAAAAGCACCAGACACUGCGGGUAGCGCAAUGCAUCAAAGUGGGCCCCGUUCAGCACCUGGCUUCAACUGUCGAGGUUUGACUGGACAGAGAGCUGAGGUAUGUUUCCAAGGGCAUAAUUCUAACAGGAUUUUAUUUUUUACUCUUUACUGCAGUAUGUUCUGGAUUUGAUA